GAGUUCAAGGUGUGGAAGAGCAACGCCGUGCCCCCGCCGGAGACCUACAGCCCGCCUGAGAAGAAACCCCCGCCGACCCCUGCCCUCGACAUGGCCAUAAAGUGGUCCAACAUCUACGAGGACAAUGGCGACGAUGCGCCCCGGCAGGCCAGCAAAGCCAGGUUUCUGCCGGAUGAGGAGCAGGAACCCCUAGAAAAUGAUGGUGAAAAAGAUGAUGAACCAGCUUCCGCUAAGAAACGUAAACUAGACUCUGGGGAACAGACGAAGAAGAAGAAGUUAUAA